UUUGUCUCAUUUGUAUUCUGUACUGUUGAUAUGUUUACUUGUCUCUCUAUGAUUGUUAAGGUGAUAUUCAAUUAAAAGUGUACAGAAAUGACAGGCGAAUAUAUUAUUCAGUUUCCUUCUAAAGUGACUUGGUGAUUACAUUACAGUGUACCUAUAAUCAAGUAAGUGUGGGGAAUACCAGAAUUAUAUGAAGGUACUGUUAAAGAAGUAUACAUUUACAGUGUUGUUUGUGUCAUGUUUUCUGUUGUACACAUGUAUGGGAUAUUUUAGAAUGCAGUGACCUAUGAUGAUGUGCAUAUUGAGUUCACUUGGGAAGAAUGGACUUUAUUGGAUCCUUCUCAGAAGAAUCUCUACAAAGAUGUGAUGCUGGAGACCUACUGGAACCUCAACACUAUAGGAUACAGUUGGGAAGACCAUCAUAUUGAAGAAUACUAUCAAAAUCCUGGAAUAUAUGAAAGGCCUGAAAGAUGUCAAAAUGUAGAGAAACAUUCUGGAUAUACUGAAAGUAUUAAAGCCUUUGCAGAUAACAUGCAUCUUCAAAGGCAUACAAGAAUUCAUGCUGGAGAGAAAGCCUGUAAAUGUAAUCAGUGUGGCAAAACCUUUGCAGACCACAAUUAUUUAAAAGUUCACGAAAGGAUACAUACUGGAGUGAAGCCCUAUGCAUGUGAUGUGUGCGGUAAAUCCUUUGCACAACAAGGUAAUCUAAAUAAGCAUAAAAGGACACAUACUGGAGAGAAACCCUUUGAAUGUAUUCAUUGUGGUAAAGCCUUUGCAGGCAGCAGUCAUCUAAAAGCGCAUAUAAGGACACAUACUGGAGUGAAACCCUAUGAAUGUAAUUACUGUGGUAAAGCCUUUGCAUGCCACAGUAAUAUGCAAAGGCAUGAAAGGGCACAUACUGGAGAGAAACCCUCUGAAUGUAAACAAUGUGGUAAAACUUUUACAUACCGCAGUAGUCUACAAGUGCAUGAAAGAAUACAUACUGGAGUGAAACCCUAUGAAUGUAAACAGUGUGGUAAAGCCUUUGCAUAUCGUGGUGAUCUGCAGAAGCAUGAAAGAACACAUACUGGAGUGAAACCCUAUGAAUGUAAACAGUGUGGUAAAGCCUUUGCAUAUCGUGGUGAUCUGAAGAAGCAUGAAAGAACACAUACUGGAGUGAAACCCUAUGAAUGUAAACAGUGUGGUAAAGCCUUUGCACGUAUCAGGAGUCUUCGUAAUCAUGUUCAAAAAUCAUUCUGUAGAGAAACUGUAUAAGUGUAGUCAGAAUGCUAGUUUUUACUUUAUACAUGAGUAAAAGUUUUUGUAUGAAAUCAAACUGUUAAUGCCUUUGCAAUAAUUCUAUGUCCUUUAAUACCUGGGAAAGUCUUAGAUGGAACACUUUUGCUGGGGUCCUAAACACUGACUCUCCAGUUGCAUAACAUUGGGAAAAGGACCUGCCAGUAGGAGACCGGCAUCUAAGCUAUGUAAUCAGCUAACUAGGACCUAGUAAUGGAGAACAGGUUUCACACAUAGCUAAGGAAUGUAAUUAGUAAACCCCAAAUACAUGGGAGAAGUUGUACCUCGUAAAUGAUCAGAUUGCAUUAAACUGUGGGAAGUAAAUCUCAAGUUUGUUACAGAAAGUAAUAAGUACUAGAAGUAUUUGCAGCAAGAAAUGGCCACUUUUAUUCUUAAGACUGUAAAACCAAGCCGCGCAUUGGUGGCACAUGCCUUUUUAUACCAGCACUUGGGAGGCAUAGGCAGGCAGAUCUCUGUGAGUUGGAGGCCAGCCUGGUCUACAAGAGCUAGUUCCAGGACAGCCUCCAAAGCCACAGAGAAACCCUGCCUCAAAAAACCAAAAAAAAAAAAAAAAAAAGAAGACUCUAAAACCGAAUACAAUCUUUGUAUUGAUUUAAAUCAUUCAUACAAAGCCCUUGACUCUGCUGGAUUGUCUCAAGAAAUGAUGGCUCUAUAACUACUGUGUGAUCUUGGGACUUGUAGCAAAAACAAUUAUUAAACUCACAUAUCUGUCUUGGCAUGUGUUUUGGUAUAUUGAUAUGAAGUUACAGUCAUUUUGUUAUGCUGUAUGUCUGAUUUUGCUCUUGUUUAAAUGAUUUUUGUUUUUACAAUACUUUGUACAUAUGUUUCUACUCUGUUUGAAGAAUUUUGGCAUAUUGAUAGCAAUUUAUGUUUAUUUUUGUUAAACAUUGUGUAUAUGUUUCUGCUCUUCUUUAAGGUAUAGUACCUAGUAACAGUGUAAGGCAAAGUUUAGUUUUUGAAAGCUACUAUUAUCAAAUACUUAUGAUAAUCUGAAAACAUAUAUUACUGUUUAGUCAUUUAUGGCAAUCAAAUUUAUAGACAUAUUAGGUAUAUUUAUGAGAUAAUAUAGAUAUAUAUUGUAGAUAGGUGGUCUUGAAAGCUUUCAAAGACCUUCACAAUAUAGUAUUUAAAAGUUUUAGUAAACAGGGGGAUUUUCAUGAAAAUGAGACAUCUUCUCCAGGCAGCACAGAUUUACUUGAGAGAUGAUAGACACUGUGGAAACUCAUUAUGCGAUUGGCUUUCAGUGUGGUUACUUUAGCCAUGGGACAAAGAAACUGUUCUUGCCUUUUAGAGAUGACAAUGUGCACUGCAAACUCAAUAUGUACGAUCCAGAGUCUGUGACUAUGGGAAAGUUUUCAUCUACCUGCUUUCAAUUACUUUUUCUGUUAAUUAUUAGUACAGGAAUUUAAUUUCAAAUAUUGUUCAUGUGCCUCUGGGCUUGCAUGUGUGUGUGUGAGUGUGUGUACAUGUGUGCCCUUUGGCUAGUGACAUCUGCAAGAUGGAAUUAAGUAAGACA